UUAUUUUCACACACACACGCCCCUCUCUAGAACCAAGCAAGAAACACUCAGAAAAUAUGGCUCAAGAACACACCUCUGCUCACCUCUUUGUCGAUGAAUUCUACUUCUCAGCCCUCCUGGAUCAGCUUGAAGAUACUGAAGAUUUCGUAGUUUCAGACGCCAAGUAUGCGGAAGAGCUGCAGUUUCAAGAGGCCUUAAUGGCAUCCGUAGAGGCCGCAUCUAAUACUGCUGUCCAAGAAACUGCGCCAUCAAUAAAAGAAAUAGGUUCAAGCUCAGGCUCAAGCAGUGCUGCAGACGCUGCUGUUGAUAUGGCCGUGGUCGAAGAAGGCCAAACAUCGGAGAAUUUCUGCGAGAUUUGUGCGGAAAGGAGGGGGUUGGAUGAGAUGUUUAGGAGUGGGAAAUGUUGCCAUACAUUCUGCAGCUACUGCAUAAGCAAACAUGUGGCAGUGAAGAUCCAAGAGAGCGUGAGAAUGGUCACAUGUCCGGCCUUGAGCUGCGAAGGGGUGCUGGAAGUUGAUGAUUGUAGGGAAAUUGUGCCGAGAGAAGUGAUGGAGAAGUGGGAAGAGGUCAGGAGCGAGUCCAUGAUAGCAGCAUCGCAGAGGUUUUACUGCCCUUUCAGGGACUGUUCAGCCAUGUUGGUGGAUGAUAAUGGAGGGGAAGUUAUAAGGGAGUCUGAGUGUCCGGUAUGCCGGAGGCUGUUCUGCGCGGCCUGCUACGUGCCGUGGCACUCAGGGGUUGGGUGUGAGGAGUAUCAGAUGAUGAAUGAGGAUGAGAAAGGGAGGGAGGAUCUGAUGCUGAGGGAGCUUGCUCAGGAGAAGAAAUGGAGGAGGUGCCCACAGUGCAAGUUCUAUGUGGAAAAGACCGAAGGUUGUUUACACAUUACUUGCAGGUGCACGUACCAAUUUUGCUAUGGAUGCGGAGCACAGUGGACUCAGCACCAUGGGGGCUGCCAAACACAAUGAAAGAGAGCCUUGGAAGACCAAGAGAGCUUCAACUUUCUAUUUACUCAUAUUUCUACUCAAUUUGUAGUACUUAAUGUUUUGUUUUCUCUUGUAAGAGAAACUACUGUGUGAAGAAAUUGUGGUCUAUGUUUAAUUGUUAUUGAUCUUGAGGUGCUUUGAUUGCU